AUGAAUCACUAUGAGGUGUUGGGUCUGAAAGGAACAGCUAACAAAGAAGAAAUCCAGAAGGCAUUCAGAGAAUUGGCAAUGCAAUUCCACCCAGACAAGCACACUCAAUCCUCCAAGUCCGUCAGAGACCAUGCGACCCGCCGAUUCAAGCAGAUCAAUGAUGCUUACGAGGUUCUCAUCGAGCAUCACAAGCACGCCGACUACAAUCAGCCAACUGCCAGUGGCGGCGGCGGCGGCGGUUAUAGCCAUAGUGGGUAUGAUUAUGGUGAAUACUAUCAUAGUUACCGGUCAUCUGGUAGUGGUAGUGGUGGUUAUAGCCAUAGUGGGUAUGGUUAUGGUGGUGGUGGUUACAGCCAGACUGUGUAUGUAUAUGGUGGUGUUAAUAGCCAUACUGGGUAUGAUUAUGGUGGUGGUGGUGGUGAUUAUGGUGAAUACAGUCAUAAUUACCAAAAAUCUGCCAGUGGUGGUGGUUAUAGCCACAGGGGGUAUGGUCAUGGUGAAAAGAGUCAUAGAUACCGAUCAUCUACUACGGCUAGUAGUGGUGGUGGUGGUUACCCCCAUAUGGGUUAUGGUUAUGGUCAAUACAGUGGGUCUGCUUCUCAUGGCGUUUUUUCCAAGUUUGGGAAUGCUCUUCGCGGUGCUAUUCUUCUUAACGCCGCCUUAGUUGGAUUUGCUGGGUUUGGCAGUACUAUAUUAGGUGUAUCAUUUAUCGUUAAUGGAAGCGGGGAUGCACCAUGGAAGUUGCGCUAUCCUGGGAAAUCACUUGAAGAUGCGAUGGAGUCCAUAAAGAAGAAGACCAAAAGUAUUCAAAGAUGA